GUGCUUAUCACCAAAAUACCUUCAAAGUUAUCAGAAGUAUCUAAAAUUGUUGAUUUAUCAAUAGAUAGAGCUAAGAUAGAGCGUUUAAUUUCGUAACAGUCUCUUGACGUUACUACUUAACAAGAUCUAUUAUUUAUUCAUCUUCACUAUCACGAUCCGUAUUGUUUAAAUCAAUCUCUAACGGUAAAUGACGUCAUAGUCUACUCGGACUAAGUAAACAUUAAGCAUUUGCGUUUUUACAUCGUUUUCGUGUUGCGUCAUAACGUAGACGACACGCACCAUCAGCAUUCAGUAGUUCAAAGACCCUUAAUUAAAAUCUCGAUGCGGGAACUAGUCCGUACCGCUAGAAUGUUAGAAAAAGAUGGCGAUAUGCCUCCAUCUUUAUCUGCGUCAAGCAUUGGUGUUGGAUAAGGGGAGCACAUAAACAGGUCGCUUUACAUUUUCAACCCCGAUUUAUUUGAAGUAGAUUCGUUACGCGUUCACGUCGCUUAGAACUCGACACCAAUAGGGACUACAAAAGAAAUUCUUUAGGUGAAGAAGUAUUGAAAAAAAUUGGUAGCUAUCCCUUAAUACUUAACGGGAAUUGGGAACACAUUUUUAUAUCUCAUCGCUGAAGCUCGAUCAUCCAGCCCUGUAGGAUAGUCAUAAAACGUUGAGUUAUAAAAACAUCUGGCCGAAGCCGUAAAAUAUUUAAAUAAGGCUGUUGUACUAAGCGCUCAUAAAGCGAUGUUUUGAGUUCGUCACAUUUUUAACAUGCCUAGUCUUAAACCGGUUGUAAUAUUCUAAGAACGAACACAACAAUCGAAGAAAUCUGCAGAAAAACCACUCCGGUGGGAAAUCGGAAGCGUCGAUCGGAUACCAUUCUUCAACAAGUUGCCAAAAUUAGCACAACAGUAUAAAGAAUAUUAACGAAACCGCGAUAACCACUGCACCGCAACCUGUUAAUGCCAUAAUUAGAAAUCGGACGGUACAACGAUAAAUACCAGCACGUACAGCGCAUGCGCCCCGAUUGAAUUUGCAAAACAAACAAGUCAGUACCGUCAGGUGCACCGUGCAUAUCGCAUAACAGAUGGUAUUUCAUUCCGUAAAUAUUAUUGUGAAACCAGUGGAGUGCACGAGAUAGUCAGAUAAAAUUGAGGAUUCGCUAUCAUUUAAUGAUAAAUGAGUAGCGCGACCUCAGGACUAACGGUAUAAACCCAAACAAACACCGGAUCGAGAGAAAGCGUUGAGGAUUUCCAGCGGAGUGAAAGCAUCGACUGCCAGUGCAACCGUAGCGUCGCGACGAGCGGACGAAAACAUAACCUCAACAUGUCUCUCGCAAUCGCUUCAGCGGUAAUUCUGACAAGUGCCGCAGCUGUUUAUUGGUACAUAAACAGGCAUAAACCCUUGAAGCACAUCCUCAGUGAACUAAAGUACGCGCUAGACAUGCAGGGCGCAGGCGCCGGUGGCCUUAUUGAUGACUGGGUGAACAUCAGGAGAAACAGAAUUGUGUUGCCAGACGCGAAGAGGAAAAUUGCGGUCGUCACAGGCGGAGCUCGCGGUAUAGGGGUCGAAGUCGUGCGAGGAUUGCUGAAGGCAAAUAUGGUGGUCAUCGCUGGUGUCAGGAAACCGGAAGCUAUGAAGAAACUAGCUGAUAACAUGGAGAAUGGUGAUAACAUCAUAGCAUUUCCAUUAGAUUUGCAAUCGCUGAAAUCGGUCAAGAAUUUUGCACAGAAUGUUUUGGAAAAAUUCCCGACUAUUCAUCUUCUUGUCAACAAUGCUGGAAUAAUGUAUGGAGACUAUCAUGUGACUGAAGACGGAUUUGAGAAUCAAUUAGCGGUCAACCAUCUGGGUCACUUUUAUUUGACACAUUUGUUGUUGCCAGCUCUGAAAAAGGGUGGCGCUAUCGGCGAGGCAGCCAGGGUUGUGAAUGUGACAUCGUGUGCUCAUUACCCUGGGAAAAUAUUCUUUGAUGACAUCAAUAUGAAGGAGCACUACGAUACGACGGCGGCGUAUGCGCAGGCCAAACUAGCACAGUUAAUGAGUGCUCGAUACAUCAACAAGAUGAUGGAACAAGAAGGAUAUCCAGUGAAAUGUUAUGCGGUUCACCCUGGUAUUGUGGAUACAGAUCUGUUUGAACACACCAUGUUCAAAAAAGCGUUCCCUUGGCUUAUGAAAGUGUUUUUCAAAACCCCUGCUAAAGGAGCCAUUUCUGUACUUCAUACUUGUUUUGACAAAGAUAUAGAGAAAAAAGGUGGAUUGUACAUUAGUAACUGUAUUGAAGGAAUAAGUAACAGUUUCUCUAAGAAAGUAGAUUAUCAAGAAAAGCUUUAUGAUCUUUCAUGCCAGUUAGUUGGUAUCGACAAGGCUAAUUUUGGUAGAGCAUGAGGCUAGUUUCGAUUUUAACGGAACAAACAAUCCCGCUGGGAAGAAAACAAAGACUUUAGAUAUAUAAGUACAAUAUAAAGACUAUUUAUGAUACAUAAUAUUAAAUUAUAUGACUGUCUUUGAAUAUGAUUCAAAAUAAAUGAUUCUCAUACUACUUUGGUUGUUUUAUUUUGUAUUCAUGUAAAUUUUAAUCCUCUACAGUAAGUUUAGACACAAAACUACAUACAUAAAACCUCUUUGUCCUCAAUUCAGUAUUCAUAGGUGAUACAGAGAAGUGAAUACUAAAAUGAGAUAUUUUUUGUUUGAUAUUUGAUUAGAGAACACAAUAGACAAUAAACAAAAGAAUACUGGCAAGCUAAGAUUGUAGGAAUUUGAGGUUUCUUUAACCUGGUAUUACAAAAAUAGAAGACAAUGCAGUAUUUUAUGAACCUGUUUUUUGAGGAAGGGAAUGGACAUGACUACAUUAAAAGGCUUUGUUUGCCUGUGUUUUACCUCAUUUGGAUAUCUUUACUAUGAUAAUGUAGUAUGAUGCGCAUAUUUAUGUUGUCUGGCAACAUUUUAAGUACAUUAUCAGUGCUGGCAACUUGACAUGAACAUGAUUUGAGAAGGAUAAUCAUUUAUAUUUAUGUUUGUUUAUUUUCCUUGUACCUAUAUUAUUCAUACCUAAUUGAUGUUGAAUUGUUAUAAUAACAUGUUUAUUGUUCACAUUUAGGUACCAAUUGGGAUUAUAAAUAUUAGGGAUAAUAGAAAUAAUCUACACAAUUUUAUUAUUAUUUGUAAUGUUUAAAACCUAUUUGAAAUAAUUGGAAUUGCUAUUAGACAGAAUUAAUUGAAGUUUUAACUUAGUAGAAAUAUAUAUUAUGUAAAGAUUAUGGAUUUUAACCCAGUUAUUUAGUAGUCGUU